AUGAGGAUAUACACACCUCGACCUAUCGAUAUUCCUCGCGUACUGAAUCUCACCGAGUUGCUUCAUACAAAUGCGGGUUCGAUCCCAGAGUCACAUGUCAUCGCCGCUGAUAGUCUAACGAACCGGAGCAUUACUCUCGGCGAGUUACGGGAUCGAGCCGGCAGGAUUGCAAAAGGGCUUGCGGAAAAGCUGGACCCGCCGGAUCAAGCACGAUGGGUCAUUGUGGUACCAAAUUGUGUCGAGUUUCUUGAAAUCUUUCAUGCCAUCCUAUGGACAGGCGGUGUCGUCUGUCCCAUCAACCAUGCUCUUAGGGCAUCCGAGAUUGGCCAUGGAAUCGCGGUCUCGAGACCUCACUUCAUCGUGGCAUAUGGAUCGGUAGUAGAGACCAUCCAAGCGGCUGUGGAUGUGGCAGCGAGAGAGCUUCGUCAGGAAGGGGUACCAUGGAAACCACCGCCAAUACUAUCAAUAGUGACACGAAACAAGCAAGCAAAUCACAUUCCGGACGAUUUCAUGGCCUCAAGUCAACUCUCCAUACCGCACUGGCCAGACACAUCAAAGCGACUAGCCUCAAUACACCUCUCAUCAGGAACAACAGGGAAACCAAAAGGCGUCGAAUUAACGCACUACAAUUUCGUCGCCAACGUCAUGCAACUCGUAGCCCUUGACCAAAAACGCCAAAUGUUCAACUCGGCCUGCAGAAUCGUCGCAUUCACGCCCUGGGCACACAUCGCCAUGACGACGGCGCCUCUCUUUCUCGGUCCGUAUACUGGCAUGUUCCAUCACGCGAUGCCGCAGUACAGCAUCGAAGAGUUUGGCAAGCUUGUGGGCUCUACGCAGGCUACCAUGUUCCAGGGGGUUCCGAGCAUGGUGCUGGGCCUGGCCAACUCGGAUGUCACAGACCGUUACGACUUCUCCAAGGCGCAGGUCAUCAACAUUGGCGGCGCGCUGCUCAAGCCAGCGCAGCUCUCGAGACUACUCAGCCGGGCACCGUGGAGACUUAUUCAGGCGUACGGGAUGACGGAGGCGGCUGGGUAUGUGGCCUAUCAGGGGUUCGAGGAAGUCGUGCCUGACGGGUGUACUGGGAGGCUUCUGCCUGGUAUCGAAGCCGCGCUCAAGAAGGAGGGAACGACGGAAGACGCACCUCUAGGUGGCCCUGGAGAAUUAUGGCUUCGGGGCCCGAAUAUCACACGUGGGUACGCGUUCAACCCGAGCGCGAACAAGGAGGCGUUCCCUGUCGAGGGUUGGUAUAACACCGGAGACGUGUGCCGCAUAGAUGAGCAGGGACGGCUGUCGAUUGUCGGGCGAACAAAGGAGCUUAUCAAGUACAAGGGCUUCCAGGUGAGCCCGACGGAACUCGAGCAGAUCUUGAACUCCCACCCCCUUGUGAGGGAGUCUGGCGUCGGAGCUUUAUGGGACGAGAGCCAAUUGACAGAGGUCCCUACCGCAUGGGUCGUACUUAAGGAGGACGACAAACACGAGAUCAAGGGGCGCGGGGUUAUCGAAGCUUUGACAAAGAUUCGGAAGGCUGUAGAUGAGCAAGUUAGUGGGUACAAGAAGCUUAGAGGCGGUGUUUGGGCUGUCGACAAGCUUCCGAGGAACGCAACGGGGAAGAUUCUGAGGAGGGAUCUGGUGCGGAUGACCUACGGGUUGUGUUCUUUGGAGGGUGGUAAGAAGUUUGUUGCAAAGCUCUGA